AUGAGUGGGACGACAGCAACUGCAUCGCCGGAAUCAUCAGCGCCGCUACGAUACGCUCCGGGAGUGCUCACGCAAUGGACGAUCGGGAUGCUUGUAGCCCACGCCGUGUCCGCAGCCAUGACGGUCGCUGUUCUGACCGCGGCAUGGAACCAGCCCAGUCGUCAAGCCGCCAUGGCCUUUUACGGAGUCUACCACCGUAAUCCUAUGAAUCAGCUCAUCCAUUUUUUUGGUGUGCCAGCGAUUCUCUGGACGGGGUUUGUCUUUGGCGCUCACUUACCAUGGUCACCCGCUUUGAUGGUUCCACGUGUAGCACCACCACUUCUACCCGACAUUCCCAAACACUACGUCACCUACGCGACCGUGUGGUGUCUGUUCUAUACAUUCUAUUACAUCAAAAUUGAUCCCGUUGGUGGACUGCUGUACGCUCCUUUCUUGUAUGGCAUGUACGCCAGCGCUGUGCGUUGGACGCUUACAGACCAAACGAACGCCAAGCACGAAAUUAACAAACCGCCACCGUGGACCGGUACGGGUAAGGUGUUGUGGUGGGCUAUAUUGGUCCAUCUUUUGGCCUGGUACGUGCAGAUUCAUCCCGGCCACAAAAUGUUCGAAGGGGCCCAACCUGCGCUACUGCAAAGCCUCGGUGCAUCGUUCAGCAGUGCCCCACUCUUUGCCUUUUACGAAGGAGUUUGGUUUCUGGGUUUGCGACAUACUUUCCGAGAGCAAGUCCGAGAUCUGGUGCAGCAGUAUACAAUCGAGCUCUGUCAAGGUGGAUCCACCAUGAGAGCGUGUACGGUCUAG